AUGAUGCUGCGUCGGCUCAACAACGGCGUCACAUCCCGCAGUCUCACCAUGGCAACGGGUGUGGGUCUCUCUAUUGCGGGAAGAUGUUUUCAGCAGUCACGGCGGAGUGGCCUCCCUGCUGUAAAGGAGACAACGACGAUGGUUGCACCGACUUUUUGCAUGUCGAGGCGCGGCUUCUCCCUGCAGCCCCUGCGACAUAUGCGCGGAGUAAAGUGGGUGAAGCCCGUAACAUCUCCAAUGAACUACGGCGGGGACAACACCGGAGGUGGCAGCACCGCUGACAGUCUCACGCCAUAUGUCCGACAGCAUCUUUCGAGAGUCUAUGGACUUCUUGCCGCUGGUACAGCUGUAGCUGGUAUCGGUUCUUUUCUAAUGUUUUCCACGCCCCUAGGGAAAGCCAUGCCUUUCUGGCUGCCUAUGGUGGGUGGAUUUGUGCCGCUUCUGUGGCUCUCAUUUGCCCCACCGCAAGACCCAAACUUGAAGUUAGCGCUUUUCUUUUCCUUCACGGUGCUAGAGGGUAUGGCAUUGGCUCCACUGGUGGCGAUCACAAUGGCCAAAGGUGUCCUUGGCACUGCCAUUGUCCUCACAGGUGCGGUGUUUUUUGGUUUCAGCGCCGCCGCUCUCUUAGCACCCCGCGCUUCUCUGCUAGCGCUGCAGGGUCCACUGUUCGGUAUGCUUAUGGGCAUGGUGGCGAUUUCAAUUCUGAACCUCUUCUACCCGACCGCCUUUGCCCACUCGCUUAUCUUGUACGGUGGUCUCGCGCUCUUUUCGCUCUUUGUGUCGGUAGAUACGCAGGCCAUGAUUGAGCGGGCCCGCUGCGGUGCUGGUGACCACGUGCAGGAUGCUUUACAGAUGUUCCUUAACGUGGUCAACAUCUUUGUGCGCAUCGCCCAGAUUCUUGGCUCCAUGGACCGGUAG